GCACCCUCUCCUCCCUGGCGAGUUGGGUCCAUCAGCGACCAGCUCCAUCGGAACCCAGGGGCUGGACAGGUCCCUACGGGUCGGUUGAAUCCUCACACUUCCACAGGGCGUGGUGAGAGUGGAGGACGUCGGUCCUCAGGCUCUCGGUCUUCCUAAAUUGGAAAACCACCUAAAACAUCGGAGACCGGGUUCCAGGGACCACGUAAACUAAAGCCAAGCGCGGAGCCCCGGAGCCUCUUGGAGCAGGUAGCAGGGGAAGAAAGACCCAGGCUCUGGAAGGCUCACACACUAGCAGUGAGUUACGCUAUGUCCCGCAUUCUGUCUGUCCCUUCCAGCUCAGCACAGGGGCUGACAUUGGGGACGUGCCACAGGACGCAUCACGGAAAUCACAUGGGGACCACAAGUCCCGCCGCGUCCUCUGAUGCUCUCGAGAUUUGAACCAAAUCUCUGAGGUUUCAUUGGCUCAGGGUCCUCAAACAAUGCCACACUGUUUCCCAGAAACCAUCACGGCUCCGCUUGGUCGUUGCCACGGAGAUCAUGAAACAAAAGGCGAGAUGUCGCUGGUUACGUGACAUGAACUACAUCACCCAGAAACCCCUUCGCUGGCCAAUGAAAACACAGAAGCGCAUUUCCGGGCGGGCCAGAGGGUCGCUGGGCCAAUGAUGGACUAGGAGUCAUUUCCUGGACCGCGUCGUCGAGGAGGCGGGAGUCCGGGCGUUGGACCCGCCGCUUCGGCCGCUCUCUGCGGGGUGGGCUGUGUCACCAGGGAGUUGCGGUAAGGGGGCUUCCGGGGGUCGCGGAAGCCGGAGCGGAGAAGACACAGGCGUCAAGGUCGUUUCGCUUCUGUGACGUCGGCGCAAGUCCUUCCCCGGAGCCCCGGGGACGUUGGCCGUCGGGCCACCCACGUGCAUGUCGCGGGGUCGCAGCCAACGAGCUAGCGCGUCCACCAUGGCCUAUGGGACUGUAUCAGGGACAUAAGCUCGGAGGGACUUCAAGUGUGAGGUCAUUACCAUCGCCCCGCCGUUCCCUGGCUGGCUUCGCCUUGCCAGUCCUUCUGACAUAAUGGGCGUUGUCAUGACUGGGGCCUCCGAGACCUUCCCCGAGCGUUUAACGUGAUACCGUUCUCCCCAGGCACACAACUGCUUAGGUGGAUUUCCCUACACUGUUGUGGUCUGUCAUGGGACGAACCACCUUCCCAGAGGGUCAGUCCCUGUGAAUGCAAGUCAGGUGUGGAGGUGGGUUAUGUUCUCUUGUCUCAACACGAGGGACAGUAGCCAUACCUCCUUUUAGUCUUCCAGACCCAAUUCUGACAUACUGUUGUUCCCUGACUCCUGAGUUCUAACUGGUGUUCUCCAAGUACCCAUCUUUCUACUUUCCCCUUUAUACUUUAGGUCUGUCCUUGGCCUCCACACAACAUGUCUUGAGCUGAUAUAUCCUUAGUUACUGAACACUGGUUCUGUGGGACUAUUCUCUUCCCUCUGAAAGGCCCACCGGUCUCCCAUUGCACAGCACUUAAUGUCUACUUGUGCUCCAGUCAGGUGGCAAUGAGACCACCAUGCAGAGGGGUGUUUCCAUAGUGAUGCCAGGAGAGCCCACACGAUGACCUGCUGCCCUUGGUAUUUCAUCUUUUCAGAAGAGGAAGUGUCGUUACUGUGUGAUGCAGUCUGCACUUUGGGGACAGCAAGCACCUGUGUAUGAAAUCUGUUCUUAGCACCUUUGCCUGUACAAUACCCUGACAAGGGCCACUUUUACCAAGUCUUGCUUCUCCCAGUACUGUCCUCUUCCAACAGCCCUCCCUGAGUCCCUUCGCAGAACAUGGUAUCUUUUUACCACUGUGUCCCAGUAACUGUAUUCAAGGCUGGCACCAACCAUCUUCCAGUUUGUCCCUAGAAAUGUGCGUCCCAGAUAUUCUAAGCACCUCACUCAUCAUUGUCUUGCCUGUCUCCUUUCCAGUAACAACCUAUUGCUCUUAGAACCAGGCCCUUCCUCAGUUCCCUCAGGCUUCCUCUCCACCCAAGGCCUGCCAGGAAACCAAUAUCUGAAGUCACAUUUCAUCUCAAGGCUCACCAGGGAGCUUGUGCAUAGUCAAAAAAUGUGAAAUGCCAUCUUCUAAAAGUGAUUUCACAGCAUCGUCUGGCUUGAGGCUCCUCUGAAGCUUUUGAGGGGAUCUAUCCAGUGGCUAGUGUGUUGACUAUGCCCCCUCAUUCUCUCCCAAGACCAAGGCUUCAUUUGCCGCUCACACUGCCUCUGAGGAUGCAGGGCGUACUGCUUGAUUCCUAAGUCACUGUGGAAAUGAAACCCUCAGCGGGAACAGGGAAGAGCCCUCCAGGCGCCUGCCUUUAGCUUGUGCUUUUACUAGCCUAGCCUAGUCCUUUCUGCCACAGAGGUCACCCGGGUAGCAGCCCAGAUUUUCAAUCUCCAGGGUUUCAUUUAUAUGCUUCCUUACGCUAGAGAUGACUGACGCUGAAUUUUGUGGCUAAUGCCGUGGUGUCAGAACUGAAGAGAAGGUACCAGAACAAGGAAUGGAAACUGGAGAAACGGAGGUAACUUGGACAUCAUCGUCCACCUGCAGCUGCUGGGCUUAACGUCUAGAGACAAGACGAUCUUCCGUCCUAUCUGAGGAGCUCAGGGAUAAUUCUGCUCUGAGCCCUGCAUCUCUGGCAGCUGGGUCCCAAGGUCGAAUCACUUGCAGGCUGGACAAAUCUGCACGAGACUCAAGAACCAAGGUGGAAAAUCUCUGGAUGUCAUCAGUGGAUUCCAGUUCAGAUCCUCUUGGACAGACCUAGAGCCUGAUGGCCUUUGAGGACGUGGCUGUGUACUUCUCCCAGGAGGAGUGGACGUUCCUGGAUGCAGCUCAGAGGGCCCUGUACCGCCAUGUAAUGCUGGAAAACUUCGCACUUGUAGACUCCAUAGGUAAAGCCCUGAAUCCUCCAUUGGAAGCAAAGCUGGGACCAGGACUCUCUGUCUCCCGGCCUCGUGUGAUCAUCCAACUCCAGCGUGGUGAGGAACCCUGGGUUCCCAAUAGGACAAAUACAGGCCCAGGCAGGCGCCCCCACAGAAGAUCCAGCAUUGGAUCCAAUUACCAUGCAAGGGACAGACACGUGUCUAGAGAUGCAGCACUUCCAGGGGCUACCUGUGACCGUCCUGAUGGGAUACCUGCUGGUGCCUGCCCUGAUGCAAAAAUCCUGGAGAGACACCAGAGUGCCUCCCCGUCUCUGCAGAGAAAACCCACAGGGGUAUCUGUGAUCUACUGGGAGCAGCUACUGCUAGGUUCCAGCAGCAAUGAGGCAACUGUGAGCCUGAGACUGACCUCCCCAGUGGGGGUUCCUGAAGAUAGUUCAUCCAGAGUGAAGGCUUUCUCUGACCUCUUGGCCCCAGGGAAGCAGUCACAGGUAGCCGGGCAGCAAAAGCCAGAGAUGCAGCUAACUCCUGGGAGAGUCUUCCAAAGUAUCCCAGACCUCCAUGAGGCACGUGGACUUAGUGGGGCUUGGCACGAAUCUCAGAUAGACCCCAGUGUUCCAGAGCCCCCAAUAUGGGACGAGCUGGGCGAGGCCCUCCAGGCUGGCCCAGGUCUUCUCUCCGGGGACAAACCUUUUGAAUGCAGGGCAUGCAGCAAAGUGUUCGUGAAGAGCUCAGACCUCCUCAAGCACCUGCGCACCCACACGGGAGAACGGCCGUAUGAGUGCUCCCAGUGUGGCAAGGCCUUUAGCCAGACGUCACACCUGACUCAGCACCAGCGCAUCCACAGUGGGGAGACGCCCUAUGCAUGCAUGGUGUGUAGCAAGGCCUUCCGACACAGCUCCUCGCUGGUGCGCCAUCAGCGCAUCCACACGGCCGAGAAGUCCUUCCACUGCAGCGAGUGUGGCAAGGCCUUCAGCCACGGCUCCAACCUCAGCCAGCACCGCAAGAUCCACGCAGGAGGGCGGCCCUAUGCCUGUGCUCAGUGUGGUCGCCGCUUCUGUCGCAACUCGCAUCUCAUCCAGCAUGAGCGCACGCACACCGGGGAGAAGCCCUAUGCCUGCUCCCUCUGCGGCGCAGCCUUCAGUCAGGGCUCCUCACUCUUCAAGCACCAGCGUGUGCACACCGGAGAGAAGCCUUUCUCAUGCCCACAGUGUGGCCGUGCCUUCAGCCACAGCUCCAACCUCACACAGCAUCAGCUGCUGCACACUGGCGAACGGCCCUUCCGCUGCGGGGACUGUGGCAAGGCAUUUGCCAAGGGCGCAGUGCUUCUCAGCCACCGGCGCAUCCACACGGGGGAGAAGCCCUUCGUGUGCACGCAGUGUGGCCGCGCCUUCCGUGAGCGCCCUGCCCUCUUCCAUCACCAGAGGAUCCACACCGGAGAGAAGGCCCUUCGGAGGCCCAGGGGCGGCAUACAUUCCCAAGCCAGGUCUCUAGGGGCAUCCUUAGAUGGUACACCUCCCAAGGCCACCUUAGGCCCAGCAGUGGUCCCAAAACUAACUGAGACCUGAGGGUCACAGCAGUGCCCUUCCCUGCUUUCUCUGAAUCCCUUUCACUCACUGUUGAAGAGCCUGUGUCCUCAGCAAAUCCACUGAGAAGCCCAGCCAUGUGAACCAGGUAUCCGGAAGACUUGCCAGUCAGUGCCAUUUACAUAUGACAAGAUCUGCUGUUCAGCCGCCAUUCACACCUAUACCCUGAAAGAAGCCAUUCUGGAGAGGCAUCCGAAGUAUGCAUGUACCCCCUGGAACUGGUGGAGCCCACAAGGACUGCCUCCAGAAUCAGUGGGUGUCCCACAGACAUUAUCUUCAUGUUGAUGUCACUUCAGUGUUUCCUGAAUGCGGCUAUGAAAACAGGAAAGGAGCAGGCAGUAGGUAGAGAUGGCGGGAAGACUCUGGCUACGCCCAAACUAGCAGCUGGAGAGACACUCCCAGGGUUCAGGGCAUUCAGUUUCCUUGGUGCCAGCCUCAGGCAAAUAAAUGGUUUGUUUCUGAA